AUGAUUGAGCCGUUCCAGACCACCUUCGCGGUGCCCAUGACCUGCGAAAGCUGUGUCAAAGAUGUAUCAAACUCGCUUUAUAAAGUUGAAGGCGUCAAGAAGGUGGAAGCGAAUCUUAAAGACCAGCUCGUCUUUAUCGAGGGCACAGCGCCGCCUAGCUCGAUAGUCACUGCCAUUCAAGCUACUGGUCGAGAUGCGAUUCUACGUGGAAGCGGCACAUCAAACAGUUCUGCCGUCUGCAUAUUAGAGACGCACUCGACGACCGUACCGAAUAAGAUCCGUGGACUGGCACGCAUGGUACAGGUGUCCCCGAACAUGACUCUGGUAGAUCUGACAAUCAACGGGCUGGCACCGGGAAAAUACUGGGCGACUGUCCGGGAAGCGGGGGAUAUCUCGCGAGGCGCAGAGUCUACUGGGGGUAUCUGGGAGGCUUUGAAGGCUAAGGUGAUGGGUUCCGAGGCGCCCAAGGAGCCGCGCGGCGUGUUUGGGAGUGUGGAUGUGGAUAAGAACGGGCGGGGGAAUGUCUUCUUGGAUCGACCGGUGGCGAUUUGGGAGCUGAUUGGGCGGAGUAUGGUCGUAUCCAAGAGUCAGGAAGGCCCAUUUCAACGAGAGGACCCUGAUACAUUGGUCGGCGUGAUCGCUCGCAGUGCGGGUGUGUGGGAUAACGACAAGACGGUCUGCUCAUGUUCGGGAAAGAAUGUAUGGCAGGAGCGCCAGGAACAGGUCUCUCAGGGAAUGGUGUAG